GCUAUGUCCGCCGCACGGAGGCGGCCCGGCCCCCGGCGCGGCAGCGUCACCGCGGGCGAGCGGGAGAUUCGAAGGGAGGCGGCGGCGCGGGGCUGGGCGGCCAUGGUGGAGGGCCCGGGCUGUGCCCUCUGCGGGGAGCGCCUGCGGGCACGGCUGCGGCGGCGACAGGCCGUGCGGGGAGCGCGGAGCGCCGCCACUGCUGCAAGUGAGGGGAGAAUCUCUGGUCAUGAUUUCCUUGUUGGACACAUUUACAGGGGUGUGGAGACAUUGGGAAAGGAACUUUUUAUGUAUUUUGAUCAGAAAGCCUUGAGGAUUCACUUUGGUAUGAACGGUUCCAUGUGCAUUAAUCCUGAUGGAAGCAAAGACAGAAAUGGAGUACUACCAGUUUUGGAGAUACAGCUUACAGAGGAUACUGUUUGUUUUUUUGAUGUGACAGUAGAGUAUAGAAAUGCAACUGAGAGUGAGCAGAAAGUGAGAAUGAUGGAAAGCUUGGAUGUCUGUUCUCCAAAGUUUAGCUUUUUAAGAGCAGAAAGUGAGAUUAAGCAACACAAAACUCGCAUGUUGUGUGAUGUGUUACUGGAUCAAGCAGUAUUACCUGGAGUGGGAAAUAUCAUAAAAAAUGAAGCACUGUUUGAUAGUGGUCUUCAUCCAGCUGUUAAGGUUUGCCAACUGACAGAUGAGCAUAUACGUCACUUGGUGAAAAUGACACGUGAUUUUACCCUGCUUUUUUAUAAGUGCCGCAAAACUGGGUCCCCACUCUACAAACACUACAAAGUGUACAAGCGCCCAGCCUGUGGUCAGUGCAGUGGGAACAUCACUGUGUGUCGUUUAGGAGAGAAUAACAGGAUGACUUACUUCUGCUCCCAGUGUCAAAAGGCGGAUCCCCAGCUUGUCAAUCUCAGCAAACUGCCAACUAGAUAUAGCCUAAUUGGCUGGGCAUAUGGCAGGGGGUCAUGUUCUAAUGAACAUGUAGCUCAGAAAUCUGAAGAGGAGUGGACGUGUAUGCGCUGUACCCUAACAAACAAGCCUUCUGCUGAAAUUUGUGAUGCCUGUUUGACUUCAAGGCCUGAAGUUCCAAAGAUGGAGAAUGUUGAAGAUUCUGCAGCCUUUGACGUAAACUUAAUGAAGUACCCUUGUAAUGAGUUCAGAAAACCAAGCACAGAAAUAAAGAUCAAUAGGAGAACUGCAUUUGGAACUACAACCCUUGUCUUAACAGAUCUUGGUAACAAAGAUGUUUUGAGAAAUGGUACCCAAAUAUCUGAUGGAUACUCUCAGUGUGUUGCUCCAAAAAGCAGUUGUAAACAGAUCCAAAGCAAUGCCUACCAGUCAGAGGGAAACACAGGCAAGGACUGCUCAACACACGUAAAUGCUCUGGCUUUGUCCUCCUGUCAGCAACCUGUCUCUUUCCAACACAUACAGAAGAAACAGAAAACUGAUCAUAUACCCUCAGUUCACAAAUACAAUAUAGCAAUCAGCGCACCUCAAGCUAAUGUGACAGAUGAUACUCGUACGUUAAGCAUGGGCCAUCCUCGCUGCAGCAAACACAGCCGUCUCUGCAGCCUCAGGGUGGUGAGAAAGGACGGAGAAAACAAGGGCAGGCAGUUUUAUUCCUGCCCUCUACCCAGGAAAACCCGGUGUGACUACUUUCAAUGGGCUGACUUGGAUUUUCCAUUUUGUUGCCAUGGCAAGCGAUGCAUUAUGAAGACUGUGUUGAAGAUUGGUCCCAAUAACGGAAAGAACUUUUUUGUGUGCCCUCUCGGGAAGGAAAAACAGUGUGGCUUCUUCCAGUGGGCAAAAAAUGGGCCAGGUAUGCAGAUUCUUCCUUGAUGGUGAUGUUACAGUUACCUGCUCCUCAGGAUGUCUUAAGCGCAUACAACUUUCGUAGUAAUUUCUGGUUUGUUUUGACUUUCUCUCUGUUCACUGGUUAAUAAGUAAAAUAGCUCCAACGUAAAGAACAGCAGAUCUGGAAAGAGUAACUUUACAUAGUCCUAUAAAAAUUUAACACUGCUUGUAUGCUGCCUACAAUUUUGAAAUAAAUACUUAGCUUGCAAUAUAUACUGUUGUAUUUCUAAUAAAAAAAUUUAACUGUUUUCUUUUUUCAUGUAAUGUGGCUACUAAAUUGGUAGACUUUAUCAUGUGUAAACAUGUAUUUAAUAGAAGUGAAUAAAAAGAUUAUUUUAUAUAUAUGUAUUUUAUGUAUAUAUAUUAUUAAUACCACUUCAUGCUUUAUUUACUCAGAGCUUAAAAUUAAUCAGCAAUGGACUGUACCCUUCAGAUAUUACAAUAGUUAAUUGUCUGACUUUGCUUAGAUUUGGAAAACAAAGACAAAAACCUGCCUUAAAAUGAAGAACAUGACUUCUGUUUUCUAAAUUACAUAUUCUAAAUUCAGGUCUGAAUGUUUUAUUCUAGUUGCUACUGAACAUUUUUGCCCCCACAUCCAUGUGUAAUGAAUAAUAAAAUCAUACGUCUGAGGUGGUUAAAA